ACAGGAAAUGAGAAGCGCAAACCCACCCCAUUCAUUGCUUAGUCUGACUUAGUGCACGGCGUUGGUCACUUGAAUGAAUUUGUAACUGGAACUGGGAAUAGUAAUAAAAAAGGGACCGGACCGCGACAUACAAUCACGCCUAAAAAAUAAAAUAAAAACAAACAUUCUGCUUUAUCCUGCUGGAUUUGUGACCAGAUUGCGUGUUAUAGAUCAGAGCAGAGCAGGAAGGAAGGGUGAAAGGAUCCACUCCCUAGCGAAUCCCAAGGAUCUUUGACAAUGGAGCAGGUCUCAGAUGAGGAGGUUGACCAUGCAGCGGAGGAGGACAGUGACAAAGAGGACCAGGACCUCGAUAAGAUGUUUGGAGCCUGGCUGGGGGAGCUUGACAAGCUGACACAGAGUCUUGAUGAUGGGAAGCCAGAUCAGCUGAGGAAAUUGCCACGCCAUCAAGAGACCAACCUAGCCAACUUCUCCUAUCGCUUCUCCAUGUAUAACUUGAAUGAGGCUCUGAAUCAAGGGGAUGCCGUCGAUCUGGAUGCUCUUAUGGCUGACCUCUGCUCUAUUGAGCAGGAGCUGAGCACCAUCGGGUCCAAGCCAAGCUCAGCCAAGCACGCCCUGCCAACAGAACAGAAAGUCAGGCAGAAACCGCCGGCGGGGCGCUCUGGUGCUAAACACAGCAGCAGUGCACGGGCCUCCCCUUCCUCCACGGUGCGGGGCCACAAGCCCAUGCACUCCAACUACUCCCUGGACGACAUCACGGCGCAGCUGGAGCAGGCGUCCAUGAGCAUGGAUGAAGCGGCGCGGCAGAGCGGGCCCUCGCUGCCCCCUCCCACCAUCCAGCACCGCAGGACGGGCUCGGCGGGCACCGUGAGCGACGCUGACGUGCGCUCCAUCAGCAACUCCUCGCGCUCCAGCUUCAACUCUGCUGCCUCCAGCAUGGACUCCCUGGACAUCGACAAGGUGCUCCCACCUCAGGAGCUCGACAUCCUGCAGCAGGGCCAGCCCUCCACCGAGGAGGAACAGGCUGCCAAGCUGAAAGCAGAGAAGAUCAGAGUGGCUCUGGAGAAGAUCAAAGAAGCACAAGUAAAAAAGCUGGUGAUCCGAGUGCACAUGUCUGAUGACAGCUCCAAAACCAUGAUGGUGGACGAGAGACAGACAGUCAGGCAGGUCCUGGACAGCCUCUUGGACAAGUCCCACUGUGGCUACAGUCCGGACUGGUCACUGGUAGAGACCAUUUCUGAACUGCAAAUGGAGAGGAUCUUUGAAGAUCAUGAGAACCUGGUGGAGAAUCUGGUAAACUGGACGAGAGACAGCCAGAACAAACUCAUGUUCAUUGAACGCAUUGAGAAAUACGCCUUGUUCAAGAACCCACAGAACUACUUGCUGGGGAAGAAGGAGACAUCUGAGAUGGCAGACAGAAAGAAAGAAGCCCUGCUGGAGGAGUGUUUCUGUGGAAGCUCAGUUACAGUCCCAGAGAUUGAGGGAGUCUUGUGGCUUAAGGACGAUGGGAAAAAGUCAUGGAAGAAACGCUACUUCCUGCUCCGAGCCUCUGGGAUCUACUACGUCCCUAAGGGCAAAGCGAAAGUCUCGCGGGACCUGGUAUGUUUUCUUCAGCUGGACCACGUUAAUAUUUACUAUGGACAGGACUAUCGCAACAAGUACAAAGCGCCAAGUGACUACUGUUUAGCGCUGAAGUACCCCCAGAUUCAGAAGAAGUCUCAGUACAUAAAAUACCUCUGCUGCGAUGAUGUCAGAACCCUCCACCAAUGGGUGAACGGGAUUCGUAUUGCCAAGUAUGGAAAGCAGCUCUAUGUGAACUACCAGGAGGCAAUGAAAAGGACUGAGGCAGCAUACGAUUGGUCAUCCUUGUCCAGCUCGAGUAUUAAAUCAGGAUCCAGCUCAUCCAGCUUACCAGAGUCUCACUCAAACCACUCUGACAGCGGUGUGUCCGAUAGCCCGUCCUCAGGACAUGUUCGUUCCCAGAGCAUCGUCAGCUCCAUCUUCUCCGAGGCCUGGAAGCGGGGGACACAGAUGGAGGAGACUAGCAAGACCAGGUUGGAGUCCGUCAGCAGACCCUACCCCCUUCAGCUGCCUCAGCCUCCCCCCCAGACCAGGUUAAGCAUUUCUCAUGUUUCCCCCAGCCCUCCCCUCCCCCCAGCCACCACCACCACCACACCCCACCACUCCACCUCCCCUCCACCCAACCCGCCCCAGCAGGCAGCCCCUACCAUGUUUGCAAAGUACAGUACCAUCACCCGACUGCAGAGACGUUGCGUGUCAGGCACGCGGCAGCAAGGAGGCAAUCAGUUUAAACUGCCCUCCUUGGGCCAGCAGGCCCCUGUGUCACAGUCUGUGAAGCCCCAGAUAACCAUCCCAGCUGGAGCUAAUGUACCCCCUCCCCCUCCACCACCACCUCCGCCACCCCCACCAGUCCCUGGUUCAGCCAUGGCGGUGCUAAAACCAGGACCACUGAGCCCGGCUGUGCCACUUUUCAUGCCACCACCUCCAUCGCACCCGCAGAAAUUCCAGACCCACCUCCAGAAUAAUGGGAUUCCGCAUGCCCCACAGGCCCCGCCACAGUCUCCUCAGCCAAAGUUCCAGUCGCUUAGCAACAGCGGGUUCCAAGCAGCACUGGCUCAGAAAUUUUCAGACCUUCCCCAGAAUAAUGUAGGUCACAUGGCCGAGGUAGAACCUCCUCCUCCACCACCACUUCCAGCUCCAGCACCAGCUUCACAGGUUCCGGCCAAACCAUUUGGAGGAUUCCCACCACUAACUGCAGCCAAACCCCCUGCGCCCGGUGCUGUGCCAAUGCCUAUAUCUCCAGUGGCAACGAUGCCCCCUCCCCCUCCUGCACCAGCACAGCCACCUCCUCCACCAAUGAAGAAGCAGAAGAGCUUCUCAGCUGGCUACUCCUCUCUCACACCUGCCCAAAACCAACCUCCGCCCACCCUCCCCAAGCAGCACAGCUUCUCUUACAAAGCUCCUCCAAUGUCUGCACCUAUUUCACCAACCCCAACCCCAUCCCUAGUCAAGCAAAUGGCCAGCCAGUUCCCUGCACCCCCACCUCCUGCUCCUGCACAGCCAGAGCCCAAAGCAUUGCCCCCUCAGUCACCACCUGCUGUCAAAAUCAAACCCAAAUGGCAGCCUGGGGGCCAGCCUCAGUCCCCUGAAUUCCCCCCACCACCACCAGAGAGCAGCCUGGCCUUCCCUCCCCCUCCCCCUCCCUCCCCCUCCCCCUCCCCACACCAGCCGCUCCACCUGCCGCCAGCAAAGAGUGGCUCUCCAGUGAAGAAGGCCUCCAAGACAUCCAGCCCUGGCGGAAAGAGGCCGCCUCCAACACCCCAGCGGAACUCCAGCAUCAAAUCCACGAGUUCAACUGAGUACCACGAGUUGAAGAAAGUGGAAAGCCUGAAGAAUAAAUUCGGACAGGCUGCGGAAUCGUCAUCCCCAUCCUCCUCAGGAUCACCUUCUAAAGACACUACUGGACCCCCAGCCCCUCCGAAGCCAGGGAAGCUCAAUCUAUCCAACCUGCCCAUGGUCUUCCCACAGGGCAACGGCGGGACCAGGGAGCCCACAUCCGACUUUCCCUCUCCUCCUUCAGACUGUGACUUCCCACCACCCCCACCGGAGUACGAGCUGCUCCUCCCUCCCCCAGCCGAGCCCCCUGGUGCUCCCAAAGUGGCUGUUGUCAACCCCCAGCCCCAGGCGUGGAAUAAAUCCUCCCUGAAGAAGACUCCCCCACCCACACUGCCCCGGCGUAAUGACGGUACCCGUCUGUCUCUAGGGGAAGGCCCUGAGCCGCCUACAACACCUCCACCGCAUCAGCAGCAGCAGGAGGCCCCACAGCCUCCCACCUCACCCAAGGGAAACUUGUCUGUGCAGCCCAAUUUCCUGGCGGAUCUGAACAGGACUCUGCAAAGGAAGUCCAUCACCAGGCACAGUUCCCUUUCCUUGGCGCGGAUGUCCAAAUUAGAGCCGACAACCACCAUGGACGAUAUGGCCCUUCCGCCGCCCCCUCCUGAGCUUCUACUUGACCAACAGAAGCAGGGUUCCUACAUGUCCAGCAACAUCUCAGGCUAUGCAACACUGCGGCGUGGGCCCCCUCCUGCCCCACCAAAACGGGACCAAAGCACCAAACUCACUGGAGAGUGGUAAUGGCAAUACCAACAGACUGAACUGAUAUAAAGAGUAUUAAUCAUUACAGACCAGGAUGCCCUGUUAUAUCCUUAUAUUUCAAGACAGACCAAACAACCUUUACGGCUUUUCAAUGGUGUCUUUUUUCUGGUAACAUAGGCAAUUCUAUAACAUAACAUAACAAUGAAAAUGACUUUUGUUGCAAUAUAUUGGUACUGCAUGGGACUCAUUAUAAAUGAACAUGUUAUAUAAACACAUGACAGCGUUUUGGGAGGGGUGGUGGUGUAAGAGGUGGGGGAGAGGGUGGAAUAUAGUUAUAGUUUUUAUUUAAUUAGAUUCUAAUGACAUUUUAAGGUUUAACAAAUAUAAACUGUUGCUGCCCUUAUUAACCGCAAAACAGAUCUAUUAAAGUGAACUUUGUCAUGGUAUUCAUUUAUUUAAUUGGAAAGCAUUCUGGAUUCAAGUGUAUUUUUUUGUUCAUCUGCUUACUGUGCAUUAAGAAAGUGGUAUGCUUGCUUUUAAAAUGGUUGAAAUUUG